AUGGAAUCCCUUCUGCUAUAUCUAUGGGCUCUAUUCAACUGCCUCUUUGGCCUGCCCCAAGUCCAUCAGAAGCCUCCGACCAGCCCGCCGCUACUACAAGGCAUUAUACCACCACCGCCCGCGCCAGAACCCAUUACCGUCAUUGAACUCCCGUUGCCACCUGUGGCACCUGACAAUCGCGAAGGAUCAUGCUCAUCAGAAGUGAACCCAGCUCGGACGGGCUGCAUAGGGAGGACAACGCAGAUUCAAUCGGGCAACUUUCUCCCCGACAACCUUCACGUCCUGUCCAUGGUUCAUUUUGUCGGCGCCCCAGCGGCACCUGAUCCAGCAAGCAUCUUCCAAGGCGAGCAGCUCAUCAUCAUCAAGAUUGACGGCACACUCUUCCCGAACGGCGACUCAUGGAGAUGCAUCACAUGCGGAGUACCCGACCACAACGCCGUGGGCGCAACACCCAAGCUCGACUACCCCCAGGCCUUUCGCGAUGGACGACGAAUCCUGGCAGGCGCCAACAUCAUCCAGGCAGCUCACGGGUUCACGGGUGACGACCUGACGCCAGAUCAGGUUCACAUCAUACCCAUUCGAUGGAAAACAACCGCUGACAAUUCGGGGCCCGGCGGUUCCAUGCGCGAGCUACGCCUGCACCCCGACGAUGUCCACCUCGGCUGGAGCGCCUUCUCCUUCGAUACAGGUUCUCUCGGCCAGUACUGCUACUACGGCCGCCUCGCCUUCAGCCCCAGCCCCAGCUCUGGCCUCCCCCUCGCCCCGGGCUACGACCUGACGAGCGUCAACCUGCUCUACGACCCCGUAGCCUCGCAGCCGCUCGCCGUCCACCCAACGACCCCUCGCGCCUGCUCCUCAACGCCUCCGCCAUAUCCGUAGGCGAGCUCCGCGGCUUCAGCGCCUCCGGAAAAGAGGUGACCUACGUCGGCAGUCCCUCCGAGUCAUCAAACAUUGACGUCUUCGCGGCCGACCUCGUCACCGGCGCCGUUCGCCGUCUGACGAGCCACCCGGAGUACGUCGAUCCCGUCGACCUUUCGCUUGAGGGCGGGCCCGACGGCGGAGCGUGGACCGUCGUCAUGGACACGCGCGGCACGGGCAGGCAAAUGUUCCUUGCGGGCCUCCGUCGCAUUCCGCCGCUGACGGAUCUCGUGACAGUCGCCGCCGUGGCGUCGGUGCGCAACAACGGCUAUCGCCGCUUCUUCCAGCCGUGGCUCAUCGAUCGCCACGGCGACCGCGGGACGUACAUGGGGGCAGAAGAUCAACGCUGCCGGCGA